AUGGUCACUGGGAACUCAGAUAUGGCUUGACUCCGUCGACGUCGAGCAGCUCCUGUCUUUGCUAAAGAUGGAGAACCCGACCCUGUCGCGGAUUCUAAAGAAGGACAACCAGACCUUUUCCCAAAAACUGGACGACACCAGACGCGCCCUCUAGAAAGACAACCAGACCCUGUCGCAAAUGCUGCAGGUGGAGAACCAGGCCCAGACGCUCUCAGAGAAGUAUCCGAGUGUAAAGACCGCUGGAAGAAUAUACGAGGAAGCUAUUCAAAAUAUAGGGCAAAACUACAAACAAAAUCAGGACAAGGAGCUAAACGAGUCAAACAAUAUUAUCUGGCCCCACAUCUCCUCUUCUUGGAUCCUUUCUUGAAGUCUCGCAAAAGCAAAGGCAACAUAGCUGAAGAGUCUGCAUUAUCAGCUGAUGAGGAAACAGAUUCUAAUGAAUAUGAAGAAAACGGCAACAUUGAGGUUCAAUCACUCGAUUACAUUCUAUCCACUCAUUCCUCUCAUUCACCUAUACCAUCUCCCAGUACUUCUGUCGAUGAUCACCUGUUAGCAAUGAAAGCACCUAAAACACCAUCACGGAAAGGAGAUGAUUUAAGAAAAAAAAAGAAGUUAGCAACCUCUAUCAAUGAUGUCAACCAGCAAGCUUUUCAGUAUUUUGAGAAAAAACAGAAAGUACAGGAGAUCCAGAACGUCACGAAAACAAAUACCACAGUUGAUCCUCCUGAUCCUGACCUGGCAUUUUUACACAGUGUUCUGCCUGACAUGAAGUCUAUGAACUCUAACCAGAAACGGCGUUUCAAAAUGGGCAUUUUAAAUUUGGCCGAGCAAAUACUAUCCUCAACCAAUCUGGAAGCUACUACUCCACCAAUGGAUGGUUCUCAAUCUUGGAUUGAAGAUUCGGUGAAUAGAAAUCCAGGUUCAAUCCCGCAAACCAACACGGACCCUUUCAAUAUGACUGAGUUUAUACGAUACAAUAAUUAA